UUUCGUGUUUAUUUUUUUUCUGGUAACAUGGCUUUUGCUAACGUCUAUUCUUCAGAUCAUGUCCCUAGUGUAUUAGAACAAAUGUUGAGUGAAAUAUCUUACCACAGAACUAGAGAAAUAGCUCAAUAUGCUAGGGAAGAAUCUGGAUUUGUAAUUUUGAAUCCAACAAGGUUUUGGACUGAUUUCUUCGUUCAACAUUUUCUACGUCACUGUGAUGAUCGAGAUGAUAUGCUGUUUUUUGUUCGUAAACAUGAGAAAAGAGGUGGAUCUCGCUAUAUUCCAAAGUUUGAGACAGCAAUAGAAGUAUUUCGAAAGGAUUCCAGAAAGCUGCCUAUACGAGAUCCUGAUAUUGACUGGGAAGAAACUGUUUAUUUAAAUUUAAUUUUACAAGAGUUUGAAUAUACACUUACCUGUGCUGUAUGUACUAGAACAAGUCCUAAAGAAUUACAGAUACUUAAAAAGAAUUCUCAGAGGGUUUAUGCAUCUCCCAGUCGGAGAAGUAUGGACUGCAAAGGUGAAAUGGAAGAAAUUAGCUAUCCAAAUAUAUUUUUCACCAUAGACAAUUAUGAUGAAGUAUUUGAAGAUAUUUUAGUUAGAGAUGGUGAAAUGGUAUGUGUCGAGCUUGUAGCAGCUGAUAAAGAAGGUGCUUUACAACGUGUAAUAUUCCUAGGCUCAAUCCAUUAUGAAGCUGUGAAAAGGGUUUAUGAUGCUCGGGCUAGUUUAUCUUCAAAAUUUGCUCAAAAAGUGUCUUUGGGUUGGUACCAAGGACAACAAAGACUUGAAUUUGUGCGCAUGAGAGGACCAUCAGGAAAAGGACAUGCUGAAAUGGCUGUCACUAAACAGAAGGGAUCAGGUGUUGAAACACCAACAUCUGAACCAGGCUAUUCUAUUACUGAUUAUGAUUGGGAAGAUGUUGAAGAGGAUAGUCCAUACUUACAACGACGAAUGUCCGAUCCUAGUUCUAAUUUAAAUACUUAUGUUAGGAGUUGGAAAAGUCGCCAAGAUAUUAAAAAAUCUCAGUCUGAAACCGAAGUCGAUUAUUAUUCAAAUGGAAUUAAUGAAAUUGAAGCUGGUGAUAUAAGGGAUGAUCCUAGCACACAGGUAUAUGUUCCAAAAAAUUCAGAGACCAAUACUUUAAAAAUUUUUGAUGUAUCUAAAAAACCUGUCCGACUAAAAGUUUUAAGAAAUUGUCAUGCUUCUUGUUUUUCUCAUCGAGACAUAAAAAAACUCUCUAAUAAAAGUUCUAUUGAGGGAACAAAUGAAAUGGAUUUAAAUCCUAAAGAACUUGAUGAUACAACAUAUAAUAAAUUAUGGACAAUGCGUGGAUUUGGUCAAGCGUACCACUUCUGGAAAGAAUCUAGACGAGCUAGUUCUCCUGCAUUACAUGCGUACCUGACUUAUGUAACUUUGCCAUGGCACUCCAUCAUAGCUGAUAUUUUAGAUUCAAGGCAACAUCUACAACCCAUUCUAACAUUCUAGCAUUCAAAGUUCAUAGUGGAAUUUUACUUAGAAAACUUUUCAAUUUAAAAUGUGAUUUUUUAUUGAUUUUCUAUGCAAUAAAUAUAUGUAUGUAUAUAUGUUAUUUAUAUAUUUCUAGUCAUACAUAAUACAUUUGUCACUGUAUUUUUAACUGACUCAGAAUGUAUGUGAUCAGAUUGUAUUAGCAUGAUUUUUGAAUGCUUACCACAAUAUUGUUGAAAAAAAUCUAUAUUCUUUCUUAUUAAUGUCUACUAAUUAUGUGAGAUUGUACUUACAAUUUUAUAUCAUGUUAGGGAGUUUAUUUCUAUAUUUUGUAUUAUUUUUAUAAUGAUAUAUAUUUGAAUUAUUUCAUUUAUGAAACAUAUAACUGGAUUAAUAUGACUGUGAUUAAAUCUUUGUAGUAUAUUAAACAAUUUUGUGCCAUAUUUAUACAUGUGUUAUUUUUCAAUUAUUAGCCAUAAUAUUCUUUGCAGUUAUAUAUCUUUCUUACAGAAGGGAUUAUUUAUAAUUAAUAUAUUGUGAAAAUAUGCAUUAUCUUAUGUUUUUGUUUUUUAUAUUCUAUCUAAAUUUUUAUUUCCUUUUUUAUUUAUGCUACUUAAUUUUUUAAGAAUUUAAACUGGUGCUAAUACAUGCACAGGUAUUUUUUAUUAUAAAGUGAAUUUCUGUAAAUACUCUGGAAUUACAAUCUCACUGACCCUAAGCUGUGUCUUUCAAUGUUAAAUGAAUAUUCUACUUAUUUAUUUGCUAAUUCAGUUAUUACAACAUAUGAUUUUGGGGGAGGGGUUCAGAUUACAUAUGUUCUGGAAAUUAGCUAGCAAAAUUAAACUAUAGUAGAUACUAUUCUGGAAAUUAACAAGUAAAACUCAACAAAUUUUUAAAAAAGUGAAAUUAAACUACAGUUGAUUUAUUCUAUUUGCCCUAAAAAAAAACAGGAAACACUUCACCAUGAUGUUAAAGAUUUCAGAAACUAAAACAGUCAGAUUUGAUUUGUUUUUUCGUAAGUUUCUUUUUCAUAUUAAUGUAAUCAUUUAUAAAUGAAACUUAAAUAAGUUUAUUUAAUUUUUUUAAAAAAUAUUUGUCUAUAUUUUAUAAAAGCAUUUUGUAUAUUUUAAAAUGUUAUGCAUCCAUAUAGUGUACAUUAUUUUAUGUUACAUUACUUUCCAUAUAGUGUACAUUAUUUUAUGUUACAUUACUUUCCAUAUAGUGUACAUUAUAUUAUAUUACAUUAUUUUCCGUAUACUGUACAUUAUAUUAUGUUAAUUAAAUUAAGUAGUGUAAAACUUAUCUAAAAGUGUUCAUUUCUUUAAAAAAAAAUUAACACAAUACAAUACUUAAUAUACAUGCAAAGUAAAACAAAAGUAAAGUAUAACAAACAAAAGUUGGUUUCAAUUCAGAAAAUGUGCUUUAAAAGCACCAUCUUUUGGUGUUAGUUUCAGAAAUGAGCAUUUAUAAAAGUCCAGCGUAUCAACUUUUUUGUUUUUAAAUGUUUAGUGUAUUUUUCUGUCACAGUAGCCAGGUAAUUGAGCCUCUACUGUAAUGAUAUUAUUAAUGUGUUUUAUUAUGAUACUUUUUAUAUUUUAAGUACUUUACUAUUUGUCUAUAUGAACUAUUUUUUAACGCCAGAAGUGAAAUUCAGAAGACAUAAAAGUAAAUCCUCUUUAAAACUUUUCUUGUUAGAUAAGCAACUUGUCAUGCCUAUUUAUCUUUUUCUCUUGAAUAUUUCCCAUGCAUUUCAAUUUUUUAAACUUAUUAGUUUGAAAAAAAGUUUAAUUAAUCUUUAAGUAUGAUUAUGUAUUAUAAAUAAAUGAUUUUCAAAACUGUUUUUUAAAAAUGCACCUAAUUUUUUCCUUUAUAAUAUACAUAUUUAUCUGUUUUUACCAGCCUUAUCCUUUGCAUCUUUUUUCCUCUUUUUUGAAUAGAAAGAAAGAAUUACUUCAGAAGUGAGCAAAUACUCAGAUAUUGAAAUACAGUGCAAAAUUUGUAUUGCUUUACGUAGAAAACAAAAAUACAUAUAAUAUGCAAAAAUUGAGAUAAAGCAAGAUUUCCACUUAUACAUACAAAUCUGUUUCUUAAAUCAAAAUUAUGUUUCUCAGUUCAUGUGACGAUUCAUUGAGCAUGCACAAUUGUAAAACAUGAAAAUAUUCAUACUCUAUUUCAUUUGAUUUAAUUUUUUUACCACAUUUUCAGAUAAAAACUUAAAAAGUAAAUUUAUUUACUUACUAAUUAUUAAAGUAUUUCAAAUUAAUAUAAAAUAGCAAAAACAAAAAAAAAAAAUUAUAUAAAUAAGUGCCAUUGUAUUGUGAAAUCUUCAAAAGUUAUGAUUAAAAAUGAAUAACCUUAAAGUUCGUAGCUUUCUUUAAAAGCUGAACUAGUUAGUAUGUAAAAGAAUUUUUAUGAUGAAGAAACACUGCUGAUUAUCUAUUCUAUUGAUUGUGUAUCAUCUCUUUCAAUAAUAACUUCCUUGAAAUAUUUCAAUAAAAAUAAUUGACAUAAUCAUUGUUUUUUAAGUAUGCAAUUUAGAAACUAUUAAUAUUUAUUACAUUUUUUUUGAAAAUUUGGUUGAAUAAAAAUGUUUAAAGAAAUAAAAGAAAAUUUUCCCCCUAAAAACAUAAGAUACUGAAUUUGGUUAAAUAGUUGGGAUCAAAAUAUUUUGCCUCAUUUUUCAUUUCAUUCCUUAGUAUUUUUAGGACGAAAAAAUUGGGCAGCUUUAUUCUUACAAACUAUAAAUUGUUCAUUUUAGUAGCUUUUAGCCUUGAGGUAAUUUAUUAUAUAAGAAAAUAUUCAAAUAGAAUAAUGAUUUUAGGAUGAAGGCUUUUUUUGAAUUGCUUUCACAAUUUAUUUCUGAGGAAAUUCCCAAUGAAGAUAAAAUUAUGUGAAGUGUGAUUGUACUUAAACAGUAUAUUUUUACUGUCUCUACUAGCAUUGGAACAGGAAAUAUGCUUUUAAUGCUGUUAUCUAGUAAAGCAGUUUAAUUGUAUGCACUUCCAACUUUAUUUUAUUCUGCAUUUUUAAUUCCAUUGUUUUUUCUUUGCUAAAAAUGAAGCUUAAUUUUUUAUUUAUUGUAUUUUUCUCUUAAAAUUGCUUGUAUUUUGCAAUGGAUUUGAAGAAUAUAUAUGUAACAUAUUAUUUAUUAUAUAUUUCAUAAGGUUUGUUGAAUUGAAAAUUUAAUAUAUUUAACUUAUUGAACAUCCC